AUGUUUCAGAUUCUUCUGCUUCUAGGAUCACUUUUGCUUCAUAAACAAGCAUCACUAGCUGCUCCUCUGGGGAAGGGCAAUUGCACCCUAACAUGUGGUGGCGUCGCCAUUCCCUUCCCCUUCGGGAUUGGAACCGGGUGUUUCCAGGACGAGUGGUACGAGAUCGUCUGCCAGGAAAGCAGCAAUGGCACCGUCCCAAUACUGAAAAAGCCCAACUUGAGGGUGCUCAACAUUUCACUACCCGAUUCCUAUGGCAAAACAAUCGGCAUGGUCAACGUCGUUCUUCCUAUAAUCUACUCGCCCAAUAUGAGCUGCGGGGGCAAAGGAAGCUUCACGCCUGUGAGCUUGAAAGGAAGCCAAUUCGUCUUUUCCCAGUCGAGGAACGUCUUUGCAGCUGUUGGUUGCAACAUAUCUGCUCUGAUAAGGGACACGAAGUCCGUUAUCAAAGGUUGCCAGUCCAGUUGCGAAGCAGACAACAACGUUGUUAGGAAGACUUGUUCAGGCAGCAAUGGAUGCUGCCAAACCACAAUUCCCUCGAAUCUUCAAGAUUUUACCGUCACUUUCCAGGCUGAGGAAAAAACAGCAGGAGACAAUGGAUGCAAUUAUGCCUUCUUUGGAGAUAGGUCGCAGUUUAUACCUUCAACUAUGGACUUCAAUGAGUUGAGGGCAAGCGGGCAAUAUGCAGCAGUGCUAGAAUGGAAGAUAGCUAACUCCUCAGGACCAGAGCUUUAUGAACAAAACUUCAUCUCUGAUGUUGAUGAAUGCCGAGAUUCGACCAAUUGGUGCCCUGACAGAAAGUGUGUGAACCGACUGGGUCACUAUGAUUGUGUAGAAGAAAGUGAGAAAAUCAAGUUUAUCCUCGUGGGUAUUGGAGCAGGCCUGGGGGCACUAACCUUGCUUCAAUUGUUAUGGCUGUCGCACAAGCUCAUGAAGUUUAGGAAAGAAAUCAAACUCAAAGAGAGGUACUUCAAACAGAAUGGGGGUCUCUUGUUGCAGCAACAACUGUGUUUGUCCAAGAGCAAUGUUGACAGGGACAAAUUGUUCAGUUCAAGGGAUUUGGAGAAGGCCACCGACAAUUUCAACAAGAACAGAAUACUCGGCCAAGGUGGGCAAGGAACUGUCUACAAGGGGAUGCUCGCAGAUGGAGGAAUUGUCGCCAUUAAGAAGUUGGAGGCGAUCUAUAUGGGAAAAGUUGAACAGUUCAUCAACGCGAAUGCCAUUCUCUUGCAGAUCAACCACAGGAACAUUGUUAAGCUAUUGAGGUGCUGCUUGGAAACAGAGUCACCACUUUUGGUGUACGAAUUCAUAUCGAAUGGAACUCUUUUCCAGAAUUUACAUGACAAUAUAGUAACGUGGGAUAUGCGCCUUCGAAUUGCUACUGAAGUGGCAAGAGCCUUGUCAUGCCUACAUUCUCCAGCAUCAAUCCCAACCUAUCAUUGGGGCAUCAAAUCUACUAAUAUUCUCUUGGACGACAAGUACUGCACAAAAGUGGCUGCCUUUGCAACUUCCAAGUCAGUUUUGGUUGACAAAACUGAUGCGACUACAAGAGUCCAAGGGACAUUUGGAUACUUAGAUCCUGAGUAUCUUCAAUCAGAUCAGUUCACAGAUAAGAGCGAUAUGUACAGCUUCGGUUUGAUCCUUGUCGAACUCUUGACGGGGCAAGAGCCAAUGGCAUUUCUUGGAGAUGACAAGGAGAUAAACCUCGCAAGCUAUUUUCUCCUCUUGAUGAGCGAGAACCGCCUAUUCGACACCGUGGACACUCGAGUUUUGAAGCAAGGUGAGAAAGAAGGGAUUGUCCCCUUUGCUAACCUUGCGAGAAGGUGCUUGAAGUCACAUGGGAAGAUGCGACAUACGAUGAAAGAAGUGGAAAUUGAACUGGAUUUAGAAUGCUGGAAAACCCUGCCACCAAGCAUGGUCGUACCCAAGAGGAGUAAGUAG